AUGUCAUCGGAAAAGUCAGGCCUUCCAGACUCAGUUCCCCACACUUCACCGCCGCCCUACAAUGCGCCCCAGCCUCCGGCUGAGCCCCCCAUCCCGCCCCCACAAACGGCCCCCUCCUCGCACCAUCACCACCACCACCACUACCACCAGUCUGGCACUGCCACCCUCCCGCGCUUAGGGGCAGGUGGCCUGGCCUCUGCUGCGGCUGGCGCUCAGCGUGGCCCUUCGUCCUCCGCCACGCUACCGAGGCCCCCUCACCAUGCCCCGCCCGGUCCCGGCGCUGGGGCUCCCCCACCCGGCUGUGCUACCUUACCCCGCAUGCCACCCGACCCUUAUCUGCAGGAGACUCGCUUCGAGGGCCCACUUCCCCCACCACCGCCGGCGGCUGCCGCCCCGCCCCCGCCAGCGCCAGCCCCGACGGCCCAGGCCCCGGGCUUUGUGGUGCCCACGCACGCGGGGGCGGUGGGCACGCUGCCGCUGGGGGGCUACGUGGCGCCCGGCUACCCGCUGCAGCUGCAGCCCUGCACUGCCUAUGUUCCGGUGUAUCCGGUGGGCACGCCCUACGCAGGCGGGACCCCCGGGGGCCCGGGAGUGACCUCCACUCUGCCCCCGCCGCCCCAGGGCCCAGGGCUGGCUCUGUUAGAGCCCAGGCGCCCGCCGCACGACUACAUGCCCAUCGCCGUGCUGACCACUAUCUGCUGCUUCUGGCCUACAGGCAUCAUCGCCAUCUUCAAGGCCGUGCAGGUGCGCACGGCCUUGGCCCGCGGAGACAUGGUGUCCGCCGAGAUCGCUUCACGUGAGGCCCGGAACUUCUCAUUCAUCUCCCUGGCCGUGGGCAUCGCAGCCAUGGUGCUCUGUACCAUCCUCACGGUCGUCAUCAUCAUCGCUGCCCAGCACCACGAAAACUACUGGGACCCCUAAACACGUUCCCAUCUCGGCCCCACUCUGUGCCCCCCAACCUCCCAGGCGCGUCGUGCCGUCCUGCCGCCUACCCAACGCGCGCCCUGCACAUCCUCCUGUGGCCGCCGGACUUCCAGACAUCAUAAACUCCGCCCCCUCGGAAUCUCUGGCCCAGCGAGUAGCUCCGAAUCCAGUUCCUCAGGAACCUCUCCAAAACCCACAUUCCCCAGCGGCACUGGAAUCCAGGCCAAACACCGAGCCCCGGGUCGCCCCAGUUCCCCAGCCCAUCAAAGUGUAAUGCCGGGGGGCGGGGCUCUCCUGGUCUCCGAUCCCCGGUAGGGCGUCAGGUCCCCGAAGCUCCGCCUCCCCUAUAGCCCCGCCCCAACUCCCACAAACCCCGCCUCCAGGUCGGCAGGCUCCGCCUUCUUUUCUUCCUUGCGGGGUGAUUUAGUCUGUUGAUUGGGUUCUUGAGUUCAGGCCCAGCCUACAGACGGACGGACGGACGCUUCCCCCUACCCCUCUAAAAGAGGACUCAGCCCUGAGAGAACUGCAACCCCACUUUGGUUCGGAUUUUUGCCAAUGCGGAUUUCUCUUCUCCGCCCGGGUUUCUACCUAUUUUCCUGCUAAUUCCAGAACUCCUGUUUUGUUGGUUUUGGAGUGAGAUGUGGCAAGUUUCUGGUUUAGUACCCCUUACCCUGGAAAAAGAACCAAGUCCCUGCAAUGUAAAUACUCUUUCUAGCUGUGCCAACCCCUGGGCAGCGGGGCAGAAGGAUUCAGGAAGGGAGCCUGCGCACCCCGCUCCCCUCAACCCUAGACUUGUUUUGGUCUGUGUGUGCGUGUGUGUGAACUUCCGAAAGACGGUAUUAAAGACACUUUAGUGGAUUUAUCA